AUGAGGGCGCGAGAUUCAAUCGUUUAUACUCCAGUGUCCCUCGGACCGGAUACCGAUGACGAGGAAACUCUAGUCAACGCAGAAGUCUACAGCAAUGAUCUGGCCCAGAUCAGAGCGCUGGUGGAGUCCACGGGGAUGCUCGGCGGUUCGACGUGCCCGUCCUGCGAGAUGCCGUUCGACAAAGGGAAGAAACGACGGCUGAUCGAUUCCUGCGGACACGAGCGUUGCUAUUCCUGCCUGUUCCGCAGCGAGGCGUGCCCGUUGUGUCUGCGAGCGGACUACAACGACGAGGACGGGCUCGAGGGACCCUUCAGGGACGGGUUCACCGGCUCCACGGGGCCCGUGUCCAUCCUCGCGCCCACGGACGGCUGGAUCGAUGAGUCAUCGACGGUGAACUCUCUCUGCGGCAGCCCCAGACCGCGCACGAAAGUCACCACGAGAGCCAAUCUUCCGUCACGAGUCAUGCACCCACGUGAGGUGGACGAGAUCUCGUGCACGGCGAUGGCGAAGGGCCUGAGGAACAAACCACCGGCACUGCCGGAGUCCUCUGGGUCCCAGGGCCGACAGAAACUUCACAUGAUGACGCAAAGCUGUCCAACUCCACCGAAUCAAAGGAAGAGAUUCUUCCUGAAUCCUAAAGUCCUCAGGAGCUCGUUCGUUCCUCAGAGAUCGUCCAGGCGAGGCGCUUCGUCCCCAGAGCCCAACGUAAACGACAAUCCCUCUGCUCUAUCAGCUUGGAUGACCUCGUCUUGGGAGGGCAAGUCACGAUGGCCGGGUGUAGUGCUGGGGAAAAUCAAAUCUUUGUGGAGCAACAGUCAAGGGACAGCGAACGACGGUCUGAACCAGCUGAUCGAUCCAGGCAGCAAAGUCACAGACGACGAGGGGGGCUGCGUGAAGCCGUUGUCCUCGAAAACCAGGAAGUCGUCGCAGUCGGAUCUGUACAUGAGGCUGGGGCUGCUUCUGGGCAACAAUCACACGCGAGCAAACAGUGGCGUGGACACGACCGACCUGCCAGGUGUGUCCAGUCGUUCAGGCGUGACCUCAUGUCAGCCCAGAGUCCCUGUACAAGGCCACGACAGCUCCGCUGCUUCGUUCAGCAGCCUGACGAGCUUCGAGACGCAAACGCUCGCCUCGACGAACACCAGCCCCGUAUCCACAUUGACCGGCACCUCGAGCGAAGCCGAGGCAGCCGCCGCUUUGAGAUGUCCUGUGAAACCCAAGUCGAAGGUCAAAGGAAAGAGCAAAUCCAGGGAUUGCGACAGCGCAGGUAGCCUCGCUUCGAUCUCCACGUCUGUGUCCGCGUCCACGUCCAUGUCAAUGUCCAUGUCCGUGUCUGUGUCGGGCUUGUCGAACGGCAGCUCGAGCCCUUUAACUCCUAGAAGACAUUCCGUCAACGCCUCGCAAGCUGGACAUACGGAUGAGCUUGGACAGUUCAAGACGAGACGGUCCUGCGCCAGGAGAUCGGCUAGGACUGGUAACAUGAAGGGAGCCGUCGAUGCUAAAUUACGGUUUCUUCAACACCACGCGACGCAGCUGACCCUAAAGCCCUUAUUCUUCGAAGUACCCCUACUCGAAACCGAUCCUCUCUUCACCGGUCGUCAAUGGCUGCUGCACGAGAUAGAAUCCGUGGUGAACGGCUCGAGUCCCGGGGUACUGAUCUCUGGCUCACCUGGGACAGGAAAGACUGCGCUGGUUCUGCAGCUGGUGGAGCACAGUUGUUUCGGCCGACGAAGAGAACAAUCGCUUCCGUCGGAGAUCAGCGAGGAACCGGAAGAGAAAGAAAAGACUGGUUGCACUUCGGUGUUGCACGCUGGUAUACGCAACACAAACGAAAAGGUUCGAGAAUUGGCUUCCCACGUCGUCGCGUACCACUUCUGUCAAGCGGAUAACAACAGUACCUGCCUGGUACCCGACCUGAUCCAUUCUCUAGCCGCUCAACUUUGCCAAGCACCUCAGUUGAUCUCCUAUAGAGAGUACCUGCUCUCUGAACCUCACAUUCAGGGUUCCCUCUCGCAGAGGGAAUGCACCGUCGAUCCAGACCUAGCACUAUCGAGGGGCAUCAUCGAGCCCCUGUCCACGCUCAAGAAGACGAACAGACUGCCAGACACCAAUAUGGUGAUCUUGAUCGACGCCGUCUGCGAAGCAGAGUAUCACAGACCGGACAGAGGCGACACGAUAGCGUCUUUCCUUACCAGACACGCCCCCAACUUCCCCAGCUGGCUGAAGAUCAUCUGCACAGUUCGAACGCAACUGCUAGAGUGCGGGAAACAGCUUCCCUACACAAGGGAUCUGUCCGAUUACAUCGGUUACAGACUGUCCCAGAGCCCUGCGAUCCAGACGAACGUCACCGCGUCGGUGAACGGCAAAACGGAAUCGUCUUGCAGCGCGAACCAAACACGAUUCGCCUCGCAUCUGCUGGCGUUGGCCAGGGGCAGCUUUCUCUUCGCGAAGCUGACGCUCGAUCUUAUAGAGAGUGGACACUUAGUAGCUAAAUCCGCGAGCUACAAGGUGCUUCCAGUGUCUCUGGCGCAGAUUUUCCAGCUGCACUUCAAUCUCAGAUUCCCCACUGCCACCUCGUUCGACAGAAUUCAACCUCUCCUCGGCGUCUGUCUUGCUGCCCUCUAUCCCUUAACUCUCCCGGAGAUCUUCUAUUCAGUGAACUCCUUGAACACGGACCACUUCGUUUCAUGGGAGGAUUUUCUACAGAGAUUCAAAAUGCUUUCUGGAUUCCUCGUGAAACGUCUGGACAAUACAUACAUGUUCUUCCAUCCGUCGUUCAGGGAGUGGCUGAUGAGAAGGGAUGAGGGCGAGUCGACCAAGUUCCUCUGCGACCUUAGGCUCGGUCACGCAGCGAUCGCUUACAGGCUGUCCCGGCUCCAGGCACCGUUAGACGGCGAUAAAGCCCUCGAACUGGGUCAUCACAUACUAAAGGCGCAUGUAUACAGAGGCGUUGCACCGUGUUGGCCUUCGCGCGAUUUACAGGCCAUUUGGUUAGCAUCGUCCACGGAGUGCGUCUCAUCCGCGCUGUGCACACUGCGGAACGUCUACAGCCCGAACGUGAAGGUUUCGAGGUUGCUUUUGCUGGCGGGAGCAUCCCCGAACCACAUCACCGAAUAUCUGGGAAACGCUCCGGCCCUUUGCAUGUACGCUCACGAGGGCUCGGUCGAGAUGGUGUCCUUGCUGUUGGAAUUCGGGGCUGACGUUGAAUUGACGAACAGCCAAGGCUGCACAGCACUGUCGUUGGCCGCUGCGCGGGGACACUGCGACGUGGUUAGAAGGUUGGCCGCCGCUGGAGCAUCACUGGGUCACACAGACAUGGCCGGCCAGUGUCCUCUUGUCCAUGCAGCGAGGCACGGAAGACUGUCGGUGGUUGGAUACCUGCUGGCAUGCGAUUGGUUCGUUCCAUCCGGUGAGAACGAGCCCGAAAUCUCUCAGGACAUGAGCAGAGAGGAAGCUGCCCAGCAAGCUGUGGUAGCUGCCGCGGCUCAAGGUCACGAAUCGAUCGUCGAAUAUCUAUUGGACAUGGCAGAGGUGAUCGUGGAUCGUCCUGACACCCUAAUUGGCGAGACUGCUUUGACAAUAGCAGCAGCUAAUGGUUCUACAGCCACUGUUUCCGCUUUGUUAGCGCGUGGAGCUAAUCCGACAGCCGUGAAUGCAAAAGGUCUGUCUCCUUUGAUGCUGGCUGCAAGAGAGGGGCACUGGGGAACUGCUGAGAGACUCCUGCAAGGUACACUAUCCAGCAGUACGGACACCAUCUUGGACGACGCAGUGUUACUUCUGGACCAACGAGACUCCGCUGGACGUACAGCGCUCAUGCUGGCUGCCUCUGAGGGCCACACGAACUUGAUCGAACUGUUCCUCGACAAAGGCUCUAUAUUAGAGAGCAGGGACAAAGAGGGACUCACUGCCAUCUGUUGGGCUUGCGUCAGGGGAAGAUUAACUGCCGUGCAGAACUUCAUUGAUCGAGGCGCUGAUGUUAACACCAGCGAUAACACUGGCAGGACUCCUUUGGACCUGGCUGCGUUCCAGGGCAAUCCAAAGCUGGUGCAAUUGUUGCUUGAGAAAGGGGCCGCUGUGGAGCACGUUGAUCUGCACGGAAUGCGACCCUUGGACCGAGCCAUUGGGUGUCGAAACAUCCCGGUGGUGCAGUGUUUCCUGCGUCGAGGAGCUAAACUAGGACCAGCCACCUGGGCAAUGGCCGCUGGCAAGCCUGAUGUUCUUCUGAUCCUCUUGAAUAAACUCCUCGAGGACGGGAAUGUCCUGUACCGGAAGAACAGGUUAAAGGAGGCGUCUCAUAGGUACGCCUACGCACUGAGGAAAUUCCCCGUGUCGCCGGAAGAGGAUUGUCAAGGGCAGGAGCACGAUCACAUGAUGCUGCAGCUGCAGACCUUCGCGCAGCUGCGGCUGAAUUUCUUGCUUAACCUCAGUCGAUGCAAGCGCAAGAUGAACGAAUGUGCGGAAGCAAUCGAGCUCGCUGACGAGGCUCUAAAAGUUCGGCCGGUGUCCUACGAAGCCUUCUACGCCAGGGCAAAAGCGCGUGUCGACUCAGACUUGCUGGAAGACGCUCUGUCCGAUGUCCAAGAGGCUUUGCAAAUCGCGCCGCCCCAGAACCGACAGGAUCGUCGCGUUCUCGUCGCUCUCAGGGACGAGAUAGUCUCCCGAUUGGACGGUGUUGGGACCAGCAGAUCCUGCGACAUCGCGAGCAGAUCCAGGCUUCGAGCGUCGGUCGACACUUUGACCGAGUUGUAACGACGUUAACCGAUUCUCGAGCCAAGACUCGAAUUA